AUGCUUUCCUGGUUACUCCUCCUCCUCUAUCGGGAGACCCCUCUUGUCCUCACAGCGACCGGCGUUCCGCUGUCGCAGCCGAUCAGCCGGAAUGACGCCGUGGGAGGCCAGCUCCAGAUGCGUCGACUGGUAUUAACCCCAAUCGUACACUCUAAAAAGUCUUUCACUUGGUCACGUCUAUUCACAGAUUUAUCUUUUCAUUUUCGUUUUUAUGAGUUUGGAAAUUUUAGAGCUUUUUUCCAAUUGGUAACGCGAAACGGACGUGUCGGGGCGUUUCUAGUGACCACUUUAGUCGCGUCAGCACUCUUAAGUGAUCCCUAGAAAUGUCCGGAGCGUUACCGAGGCCCGAGCAGCUAAAAAUUGAAGUUUAUGUUCAUUUUUCUACUUUAAAACUCGAUAUUUAUUUGUUAUUCUGAUCCCUUAUCACCCUUAUACAGAUUUUAGAACACAAUAUAGUCUUUUCAGAUUUUAAAUGUCAAGAAGCUAACUCCGCCCCCAAGGCUACAAUGUCUUUCGCGUCAUUUUUUUAUCACAUGGGAUGAUGACCCUUUGUACCUCUUUUCUAUCUUCUAGAUCAAAGAAAGAUCAAAAAUCGACGCGAAGGUACCGUCUCAGCAGGGGUGGAGUUAGCUGAUAUAAAUUCAGAAUUCGAACAAACUAUUUACAUAAACCGUCCUCAAGCCUUCAUUUCCAAGUUUUCGUUGUCAAACACGUAAAUUUCUUUUAUAAAAGAGUCCAAGCUGGGGUUUUUCGAAUGGAUAUGUUUCCUACAGAUCGCUUCCUUCGCCGCCGCAAAUCCAAUUGUCCUGUCGUUUGUUUCGAGCGGAGGGAAACCUCGGAGAAAGUGUUGCUUUGUGCUGGUUCGAGAAAUUGAGAAGAGCGGAGGCCCCGUUGGCCUCGAUCCACCGUAAUUGGCCGACUGUUGCCCUCGGAGUCAUGUCGACCGUCGCCAGGAUGGCAGCGCGCUUCAUCCUGAUUUCCGCCUUCCUUUGCUCUUUUCCGGCCCUCGCCACGGACAUUGUCGAUAUUAUCAAGACGAACCCUUUUCUUCAGCGUAUGAAGAUGUUCCAGAACAUUUCGUAAGCUUUUUAUUCUUGAUAUGGUCAACUGAUCAAACACGAUAGGUUCGAUAAACUAUAAAAAGUAUGAAAGAAGUCAGAAAUUUUAAAACUUGCUGUAUUUCGCCCAUUAUUGCCGUGUUUGAAGUGAUUUUGAAGUUUUCUUUGACUCUCCGAAAAGUCUUCUGGCGGUUAUUUUGAAAGUCACAGAAAAAGAGGAUUGGAUUCUCAGUAACAUUUUCUAUCGAAUGUUUUUUAGAGAACGAAUUUUGUCCAUUAUUUACAUGAGGAGCGAGGCGAGUCCGGUUUUUUCUUAGGAAUUCGAGAGUGGUCCCUUUAGGGGUUACGGGGGGAAACAACCCUUAUAGGGGCCAAAGAAGUGAUCCCUAUAGCGGUUCAUGGUCUGCCCAUAAAGCUCAAGUGGACCCUAUAGGGGUCUUUCAAUUUCAUUAAUAAAAGCUUAUCAUUCCGUUUUUCCCAUGGAUUUGCUUAUUCGCUCAGAGUUCAUAGCAAUUAUCGAGCAUGCCCCUUUAGGGACCACUUUUGCAAGCUUUAGUGGCCGUUAGAGGGGUUGGUACAGUGGGCCCUCUAUAGGAACCUCUCUGGAGUUUCUAAGAAUGAGUUAAGUUUUAAAAUUAUUUUGGAUGUCUACAAACUCUUUGAAUCUUUAUUUAAAAAAUGUCAAAUUUCACGAUGACCUUUACGCCUUCAAAGUUCCAGCGAUGAUCAAGAGUUUUAGACCUCCUCCCACAUCUUCUACCGAAAAGAACCAGGAACCAAAUAUACCAACCGGGACCCCCAAUACCGAGGACAACUUUGACAGCGAAUACCAACGUUGGAACUCCUCUCUUUUCUAUCAGGUCGAUGCGCCGACCGUCUUCGAGAUUCAGUUCACGGUUUCUUUUAUUUUUUCUCGGAAUAAUAAAUCAAAUGAGACAUUUCGAAAAAGCAGAGUAUGUAUUUGUAGAAACCAACUUCGUAAAAUAUUCCAUUAUCAGAAAGUUGAAUUAUUUAUAAAAGCAGAAAAAACCUCAGGAAGGCCCGAUUUUAUCGACCUCAACUACUCCGCCGGUUGCGCAAGAGAGCCCCAAUGCCGAGAAGCCAUUCGAGGUGGAGGACGACAUUUUCGAGUCCCCUGGAGGGUUCCCUGAAGUGGACACGACGACAGAAUCGAGUAUCAUGUCUUCUGUGACGGCGACUUCCUCCAAAGACGACGAGAUUCAUUCAUUUUUCGGCGAUAACGAAAUUGAGAAAGACGAAGAGAAGCUCACAAGCAGGUCUGCUUCUUCCUUCUUUCUAAUAUGACAAUACUCUCCUUAGAUUCACUGGAGUAACAAAGGCUCAGUUGGCAACAACUGCUCCAGUCGCUCCUCUGGAAUUUGGGUACUGUUUGCUGGUCUGAAUGUCACUAUCAUUUUUUCAGUUUGUCGCGGACCUUCUUCCAAGGAUCGACAUAUCGGCCGAUGGACCCGCACUUCUUCAAAGAGACAAAGACGUCGACACGGACGCCUUCUCUCCGGGACGACAAUCAAGUCGUCCAGUUCAAUGGUCCGUAGUUUUUGUUUCAUAUAUUUUUUUCUCAUGUUCAGAAAAUCAAAAUGAGCUGCUCUCUUUGUCAAUUUCUAAAUCUUUUUUUUUGUUUUGUCAGUUGAGGCUAUCAGAUUUUGAAUAAACCAUAAUUUUAGGUCAUUAUUCGGUUUCCGGGACCAAACACUACGUUGACAAUCGAGUGGACAGCGACACCGGGUCCAACGAUAAUUUUUCUCCAGUUCCGGCCACGGUCGACAUCAAACCAACUUUUUUCUUCACAGACCUUAUUUCAGGACCCGUUUGCGAUAGAAGCGGAGAUGAUCAACGCCGAGGAGCCCAAGGCUUUCGGCGCCAGGAGUUUUGUACCUUUCCCUGUGAGAAAGGUUGGAACUAUUGCGAUUUUUUUGUGUUCAGCGUUGUUUUUAGAGCGAAGACAUACAACCUGAAGCUUUUGAAGAAGACGUAUCGCCCAAAAGUAGUACUCAGUCUGAAAUGCUCAACGGAAGCUUGAUUGAACGGCGAGAAACUAUCUUGCUGGGAAGGAAGGUGAAAAAAAAUUCAGUGUAUAGUCUGUGUGCCACGACUUGAAAUUUCACGGAACGACAUUCCGCUGUUCCGCUGCGUGCGUUCGCAAAGCGUCUUUCGAAUCUAGGUCACGCUUUCAAUUGAUUGUUAUUGCUGUGUGAGCACAUGAGAGUAAAGUACCUUGAUAAAAUAAAUAAAUAAAUAAAAGCGCGGCCAAGGUUGGCAGCGGAAUGUCGUUCGGUGAAAUUCCAAGUCGUGGUACACAGGUUAUAAGAGGGGGAAUGUUCCAAUUACAGAUGACGGUAGAGCUGAAGAACAAACUUCUGCACGGACACGACCUGAUGGCGUUCCCAGGGGCGGUCAUCCAUGGCGACCUUGUCCGUCCAGGCUUUUUCCGCAGGAACAAAGCUUUUGCUGCGAAAUCGGAGCCUUUGAAUUAUCCACCUCGCAGCGCUGACACCAGAAGAGCUGCCAUUAGACACAAAAGUUUCACCUUGGCGGAUCCUCUUCCCCAUGAUAAAGAUGGCUUUCAGGUACCCUGGACUCCGAAGAAAAUACAUUUUCUCGGACUAGUUAUAAAAGGAGAAGCUCGCGUGGAAAGCCGAUCAAGCCAGACGCCUCUGGAACCUCGGAUGAUUUCGAGUUCCCGCCCUCUGUCAGUUGAUUUAUAUAUUGUGCCAAGUUGUGCCAAUCAGCAUUUCUAGCUGUCGGAAAGCAUCGAAAUGGCGUGUUUCUCCUCUCGGAAGAAUUUGGCUGCGACUUCUGUACCUCCGUCGCUCUCUCGCGAGUCUAUCAACAAGUUGUCUUGUCUCCGACUUUGCGCUAAGUGAGUCUGACUUUCAAACUUAAGAAAACGGAAAAAAUACCUGUUUAGAUAGUUGAAAAAGGAAAAAAAAAAUUAAGUUGGUCCCUAUAAGGGUUCAAGAUCCGACCAUUUAGCCUCUAAAGCUCAAGUGGACCCUAUAGGGGUCUUCCACUUUCAUUCAGAAACGCUUAUUUAUUCUGUUUUUUUGUUUUUUUUCCCAAUGUAAAUGUUUCUUCGCUUAGAGAUGAUAACAAUCAUCGACUAGCAUGUCCCUAUGGGGGCCACUAACUGAAACCCCUAAGGGACCACUAUUGCAAGCUUUAGUGGUCCCAAUGUGGGUUGCUAAAGAAGUCCAGUGUGAAGUUAUUUUGCUCCUCCUUUUUCUGGAGAAGUAUGGCCAAAAACUGUAUUUUCUUCAGCUCAACAAAUUGCAAAUUUGUCACCUUCUCCGGACCUAUGGCUCUUUGCGCUCUCUACAGGUUUGAUAAACUUCAACUAUCUGUUGAAUUUAAAACUUGAAAGUUCAGCGUAGCUCUCCAGGAGGUCGACGUGCAGUCCAGCGAGGGGCAUUCGUUGCACAAACCCCGCAAAAACGUCCAAAGAUGCGUCGAAGGUUACUUCUCUUCUUUUCCCCUUUUCAUAGCGGGAUUUCUUUAGCCUUCACCGAGAGAAUCGUGCAAGCUCCACAGAAAAAUCCGGGAAAGGAAAAAUUUGAGAGGUUUUUCGUUUUUUUGAAACUUGAUUGAGAAUUAAAAGAAAAAGUUUAAAAGUCUAUAUAGUCCGUCCGCCGCGACUUGACAGUUUUAGCGUGUCUGCGUCUCUCUGUUCCCUUCUUGGCGAGGCCAGAGAAACAUGAAAAUAGAAGUUCUAAACAAGAGGGUCACCAAGAGACGAGGAGGGCGCAGAGAAGUAUUUCAAAUCGCGAGAAACGGACUCUUUUUUCGUUUAUUGAGGAAAAGUAAAGCUUCAGAAGUCUUUCUCAAUGCUUAAGAGGCUUUUUUGUUGGAAAGUCUUGAAAAUUGCUCCAUCAACCUCAAUUCAGCAAAAGUUGUUUAAUAGAGAUCGCUCAAGUAGCUCGGAAAGUUUACGUCUGGUCGAAAAAGAUUCUUCCAAUCUUCCUCCGAUUUUCAUUCCAUUGGGUAGGCCAGGAAGAUUUCUCCAGUAUAUACAAAAUUGAAGAACGCUGUGAGAAGGGAGCUCAAGUGCUCUUUGUCCGAAGCGAACUCGCGCCGAGCUCCGAAACGAUCAUUUCGACGCUUUCUGAAAGAUUGGACGUCUCGGAAGACGACUGUGUCUUCGCUUGUCUCACAGACGUGGUCGGUCGAAAAUCUUGUCCCGUCAUUUCCGACUUGACCAUCGGCUCUGAUUGAUGCUUUCAGUUUCCGAUAAGAGAAUAGUUUCGAAAAUAUCAAGAUCCCGAAGAACUAGCCUCAAUCGUUUUUCUUUCUCCCUUUUACAGUUUCUAAGAACUCCAGAGUGGUACAUUUAGGGGCUUUCUUAGCCCUUGGAGGGCCCCUCAAGGGACCUUUUUACAAACCCUAUAGGAUCAUAGUUCUUAGCAACUCCAGAAUGGUCCCCAUAGGGGCAACCUUGGGGGCUUUAGGGUCCUUCUCACCUACCCCUUUAGGGUCCACUAAAACUUUCAUAAGGGGUCCCUUUAGGGGACAUUCUAGUCGUAAACUUCUAUGAACUUUUGCGAACAAGCAUUCUCACUUUUUUGAAUAAAAUUGCACGAUCUCUAUAGGGACCACUUAAGUUUUAGGGGUCAGCCUCUAAACCUCUAUAGGGACCACUAGGAAACUCCUAGGUUAGGCAUGUGCUUUACCAAGUCUCAAGCUGAGAAAAAAUUUUCAGACACGAACAGGAAAGAAGAUUCCCUGCUUCUCGGCCCUUUUUGACCCUCAACAGAACCAAUGCCUUCUCUUCUCAAAGUCGGCGACUCAUAUCAACGUCUCGCUGGAAACACUCCCCACUAACGGCAAUCUUUACGAGAAGAUUUGUGUCCCUGGUGAGUGAUGAUGGAAAGAGGAAAACAAGGUAGACAGAUCUGGCGGCGAGCCAAUGCUCUGGAGGAACGCCGACGCGUCGGAAGCAGCAUGUCCUGCUGGGCGCUCUCCGCGACGUGCACACGACUUCAUCCGCCACCGACUGCAUCGUUCUGUGUAUUUCGGCCCAAGAGCGGUUGCGCUUCAAGUGUCUCUCUGUGAUGUACUAUCCACAGGUUUCUUAGUUCCCAUUUAGCCGAAAUAUUUUAUCUUUUCAAGAUAAAUUCGCUCAACUGCAUUCUCAACGAUGAGUCGGCCCAAAGUAACCCUACCGCCUUGGCUUCUGAGAACAGCGUCUCCGUCGAGUAUUUCGGAGUCGACGACUGCUUCGGCAUCCGCGAGAUCCCGGUUCGUUACAUACAUCUUACCUGUUAUCUCUUUUUUCAGGUGGACCUUGCCGAAAAGUCAAAAGACGAUCAUAGACCUACACAAACGAGGUUUCAAGUUUUAAUAAAUUUGAAUUUUUCAUAUAUUUGGCAAUUUUUGAACGCUUUAUAGUCUGUGUUCCACGAGUUGAAGUUUCACCGAACGAUAUUCCGCUGUUCCGCUGCGUGCGGUCUUGAAGCGUUUUUCCCUUUGAGAAACUCGGUCGCGCUUUCAAUUUUUUCUUCCAUUUCAGUACUCGACUUUGACGUGUUUCUAAAGGAACUGUCUAUCUACUAGGAAUGAUACCAAAUUGGAAGCGCGACCGAUAUUCGCAAAGGCAAAGCCGCUUCGGGACCGCACGCAGCGGAACAGCGGAAUGUCGUUUGGAGAAAUUCCUAGUCGUGACACACAGACUAUACCAUGUUAUUUAUUCUUCUUUACAUUAGAAGUCUUUUUAUUCAGAGACCGCAAGAGAUUUUUUUUCAAAACUAUUGAAAGAUUCUGAUUUCAGUACCAUUCGAUAGGGACUGUCAAUAUACAUAACCAGUUUAUUUUUCGGGUAGUGGCUCACUGAGAAAAAAAAUGUGACCAAGAAAGUAUACCGCGGGAUUCAACUGGAGGAAAACUUAUCUAGAACUAAUUUGGCUUGUCUUCUCUGUAGAGCACCCAUUUUCCCGCGUAAAUACGAAAUUAGUUCAAGACGUGGCGUAUAAAAAUUGGUAUACAUUCUCAUUUCUCAAUGGAAAAAGGUCAUUUAUAGUUUGAAACAAAGUUGGCGUUUUUCCUAUAAUAUUUGAUUUUCCAGGGAAGAGGACUCCCGAUGGAGGAAACGGAUACAUAAAGUUUUACGCAAAAAAGUUAGUUUUUCUCUCGCGAUGAUCUGAUGAUGUCUUUUCAGAUCUAG